GUUCAACCAAUGGCUGACCAGGAGAAGUCCGCGUCUUCGGUUGAGAGAUUCGCUCGAGCCAUUCAACCACUUGCGUUCAAUGAGUUCUACGAUGCUGUUGAUGCCCGUACCUAUGGCUCAUUGAAUGAAGAUCUCAGUGAAAGCAAGUGCGAAGAAUAUUUUCGACUCUUUGGUGAGUUUCAAGGCAAAGCGUUCUAA